GUUGAAAUGUCACUUAUCUCUAUGGUUGUGACUUGUUGUGACAUUUUUUUAAUUGUGAUUCACAAAAUUGUAGCGAACGAAUUUUCCGCGGCAAAUAUUUUUAUUUGAGCGAGUUUUUCUUCAAGAUGUUGGCUAACACUUCCAAAAUUUUCUCCAAGAUGAGUUAUCUCCGUGGAUUCAGCAGUUCUGCUGUAAGAUACAGCGAUAAUCUUUUUGUGCAUCGAGAUACGGAAAAAGAUAAUCCCAGUAUUCCAUUUGAAUUUACCGAAGAGAACAAAAAGAGAGUGAAGGCUAUUCUCAACAUUUAUCCGGAAGGCCACAAACGCGGAGCCAUGAUCCCUUUGCUGGAUCUGGCACAACGACAGCACGGUUGGUUGCCGAUCUCAGCUAUGCAUAAGGUGGCGGAAGUUCUUGGUCUCCCUAAUAUGCGAGUGUACGAAGUAGCAACAUUCUACACCAUGUUUAUGCGAAAACCUACCGGUACUUACCACAUACAAGUAUGCACUACCACUCCAUGCUGGUUGCGUGGAUCCGAUGAAGUAAUGAACGCUUGCAAACAAAAACUUGGCAUUGAAUCGGGCGAAACAACGAAGGAUGGAAAAUUUACAAUAUCAGAGGUGGAAUGCUUAGGUGCUUGUGUAAACGCCCCAAUGAUCGCCGUCAAUGAUGAUUAUUAUGAAGACUUAACAUCAAAAGAUACAAUAGAAAUCUUGACGGACUUACAGCAAGGCAAAGUACCAAGACCAGGGCCAAGGAAUGGACGAUUUGCAUCGGAGCCUACUGGCGGAUUAACUUCAUUAAUCGAGGAACCGAAGGGUCCUGGUUAUGGAAUUCAAGCAGACUUGUAGAUUAAAAAUCACAUGAAAGCAUGUCUAAAUGUCCUAAAUCAAUAAAAUUAUCGAACAUACAAA